AUGAACGUCAGCUUCACCUCCAACAAACUUACCAACUCGGCCGUCGUCGACAGCACGACCGGGCAGCUCCUGUUCGAGCUCACAACUCCCUUCGGCCUCCGUCGUCACACGACACUGCGGGAUGUGCAAAAUAACGUUAUUGGUGCACACCAACGGGGCGCUAUACACGACGAGGUCACAUACCAGGGACAAACAAUGCGCGUUUCGGAAUGGCUUCACAGAAACAGUGUCUUCUCGAGUAGCCGGACAUUCACAGCUGCGAAUGGGAGGUCGUAUAAGUGGGAAAAGGGAGGCAUGUUCAAUAAGGGAUGGCAGCUCUCCGAUUGCCAGACCGGACAGCUCGUCGCGAGCGCGCACAACAAGAAGCUGUUUUCGACGAAAAAAUUGAACAUCGAAGUGGUCCAGGACGGGCUGCCGAUAUUGGACGCGAUCGUGCUUUCCUUCCUCAUCUGCGAGCUCCGGUCGAGGCGUCAGCAGAACGCCGCCGCGGCGUCGGCGGGGGCCGGUGCAUCAUAG